AUGACCUCUCCCGCCCACUUCCUCCGGCUGUGCCUGCGGCCUAGUAGGAGGGUACCGAACCUCCGUGCUGCCGCAAUCCAGCAGUCUAUCCUUCGCCGGCCACUGUCGACGACACAAUGGCGGUCCGCAGCAGCAGACGACAGUGCCAAUAAAAACGAAGUCCAAGAGGAGAUCGACGAGGAGUUUGGAAAUCCGGGCGAGUUCUUGAGGAAAUUCCUUCGCGACGAAAGCAUCACCGAGGAGGAGCGGGGAUUGGCCACUCGCAUGCUGGAGGACUGGAGGCAGGUGCCGCCGAACAAGCAAGCGCAGUUCGACAGACUUACCACAGAGGUCAACGAGGCGAGCGCAGACCUACGGAGGCCUGUGAGGGCUAAGCGGAAUUCCUUUUGGAACGCCGAAGAGGUCGACUCGGACCUGAUCACGGACGAAAUCGGCGAGGAUGAUUUCGAGGAGGACGACAUGAUGGCCAUGGGCCACGCCAAGCUCGAGGAGCACCGCGAGUUCAGAGAAUACGCACGUAUCGCCGUGUGGGAGAUGCCGCUGCUCUCAAAACUUGCCAAGCCGUUCCAACCACCCACCCAAGAAGAGAUCCUGCGGUUUCGGUACACGACCUAUCUGGGCGAAUUCCACCCCGCCGACAGGAAGGUCGUCGUCGAGUUCUGCCCCACGGACAUGCCAGGCCUUACUGCGGCCCAGCAGUUGAAGCUCAAGAAGCUUGCUGGGCCCCGGUACAACCCGGAGAAGGACAUCAUAAAGAUGAGCUGCGAGAGGUUUGAGCACCAGGCGCAGAACAAGCGGUACUUGGGAGACCUUGUGGACAAGAUGGUCGCCACGGCAAAGGACCCCACCGACAUGUUCGAAGACCUCCCCCUCGACACCCGCCACCACAAGUUCAAGCCCAAGCUCAAGUUCCCCAGGGAUUGGUACCUGACCGAGCAACGAAAGACACAACUUGAGGCACAGAGGAAGCAGGCCCUGCUUCUAGACGAGGAAAAGCGGACCGAGGGCGCGCUGAUCGAUGGUGUGGAUACCAUCCAGCAAGCUCUACUUGCGGCGAAAGUAGAGGAGCCUGUUCCAGUGUUGAGGGGACGACUGAUACGUGGCCGUCGGUAG